AUGUCCGGCGGCGUACGAUCUUCCCCUGGUCCCUCCCACCACCAUCCGCCGCCGCCGCCACCGCAGCAUCCGGCGGCAUCUGUGCCCGUGGUACCACCAAUAGGUCGACACUUAGCUUUCGCGUCAACGAAACCUCCGUUCCAUCCCUCGGAUAAUAACUACCAUCGAUUCACCCCUUCGUACCUCGUUAAUGGAUGUGGAGGAGUCGUAGAUCGGGAAGAGGACUCCGUCCUUCUUAGAUCUCCUUCACGGAAGAGAAAGAGGACAAUGGAUGUGGUGUCUACUAGUACUAGUACUUGUAAUAGUAGUGGAUUCACAAGUUCUGGUUUCACUAGCAUACCCAACAGUCCCUGUAAAACUCCUGUUUCUGCGAAAGGAGGCAGAGUCAACAUUAAGUCUAAGGCUAAAGGAAACCAGUCCAUUCCCCAAACACCCAUCUCAGAUAUUGGUUCUCCUCCCACACUAACUCCUUCUGGAAGUUGCCGUUAUGACAGUUCUUUAGGUCUCCUUACGAAAAAGUUUGUCAAUCUAAUCAAACAAGCCAAAGAUGGGAUGGUGGACCUAAACAAAGCUGCAGAGACAUUGGAGGUGCAGAAACGACGUAUAUAUGAUAUUACAAACGUUUUGGAGGGGAUUGAUCUCAUUGAAAAGCCUUUGAAGAACCGGAUUCUUUGGAAGGGAGUUGAUGCUUCGAGGCCUGGCGAUGUGGAUGCUGAUGUAUCUGUCGUACAGGCAGAAAUUGAAAACCUUUCCCUCAAGGAGCAGGCGCUAGAUAACCAAAUCAGAGAAACGGAGGAAAGAUUAAGAAAUCUGAGCGAAAAUGAAAAGAAUCAGAAAUGGCUUUUUGUAACCGAAGAGGACAUCAAGAGUUUACCAGGCUUCCAGAACCAGACACUGAUAGCCGUCAAAGCUCCUCAUGGUACAACUUUGGAGGUCCCUGAUCCAGAUGAGUCGGUUGGCCACCCUCAAAGGAGAUACAGGAUCAUUCUUAGAAGUACAAUGGGACCUAUUGACGUAUACCUUGUUAGUGAAUUUGAGGAGAAAUUUGAAGACACAAAUGGGCCUGCUGCACCACCACCACGCUUGCCUAUUGCUUCUUGCUCGGGAUCUACAGAAAACCAUGACACAGAAGCCUUAACUGUUGAUAACACAGGAACUGCCAUUGAGCAUCAGUUGUCUCAAGAACAUUCAUAUGCUCAACCCGGCGAGACCUCUGAUCUUAAUUACUUGGAGGACCAGGUAGGAGGAAUGCUUAAGAUUACUCCCUCUGACGUCGAAAAUGAUGAUACGGACUACUGGCUUCUCUCCAAUGCGGAAAUUAGCAUGACAGAUAUUUGGAAAACAGACUCUGGUAUCGAUUGGGAUUAUGGAUUAGCUGAUGUGAGUACUCCACCACCGCUAAUGGGUGACAUAUCCCCAACCGCUACUAUUGACUCAACCCGCAGAUGAUGCAAAAAGAUCAAACAAGCAUCUCAUCCCAAAUGAUUUUAUCUCACAACAACUCUUGGCGCCCAAAUCAAAUCUAAGGAGGGACCAAUUACAGAAACGUGUAUGACAGGUGCGUACCAUAAGUAGUACCAUUAAAUUAUGAUCUCAUUUAUCGCUGGAGUGGUGUAACGAGUGACAAUGUAGAGGAGUACUGGUUAAUAUAAGUUAAAGAGAGAGAUAUACUUCAUCGGCUUCAGUGAUACACUAGUUGAUUAUAAUUUUU